AAGGAGGAAUUAGAGGGGAUAGAGCAACCAAAGGAGGAAGCAGGGCAGUCCGCUUCAGUCUCUGUCCCUGUCUCUAUCCACUUGUCCAUCCCGAGGCAGGUCAGUCACACCUAGGAGAGGAAUCAACACUUUUGCAACCCUCCCCCUAAUUGUGUGAUCCAAGGUACAGAGCUACCUGCAUCCAUUUCUCUGUCAGCAAAGAACAGGGAAAGCCGUCAAAAUUUCUUACCUUGAGGAACUUGACAGGGAAGCGUCUGACGACGAGAUGGGUAGCGGAGCGAGUGCAGAGGAUAAGGAAAUGGCCAAGAAGUCCAAAGAGCUGGAAAAACAGCUCCAGGAAGAUGCUGAUAAAGAAUCCAAGACGGUCAAACUUCUGCUGCUGGGUGCUGGUGAGUCAGGGAAGAGCACCAUUGUAAAACAGAUGAAAAUUCUCCAUCAAGGUGGUUAUACAAAAGAAGAACAAAUGGAGUUUCGAUCUAUUAUUUUUGGCAACAUCCUGCAGUCUGCUCUGGCCAUCAUCAGAGGCAUGGAGAUGCUGGACAUCCAAUUUGGGUCACCAGCAGCACAGGAGGAUGGUCAGAAGCUCCAGAACCUGUCUGACUCCAUUGAGGAGGGCACCAUGCCUCCAGAGUUGGCAGAUGUCAUCAAGAGGCUAUGGAAGGAUUCAGGCGUCCAGGCUUCUUUUGAGAGAGCUGCUGAGUACCAGCUAAACGACUCCGCCGGAUACUACUUGGCCGAAAUGGACAGAAUCUGCAAAUCCGACUACCUCCCUACUGAGCAGGAUGUGCUGAGAUCUCGAGUCAAGACUACUGGUAUCAUUGAGGAACAGUUCGGUUGCAAAGAACUCCAUUUCAGGAUGUUCGAUGUGGGUGGCCAGAGGUCUGAGAGGAAGAAGUGGAUUCAUUGUUUCGAAGGUGUGACUUGCAUCAUCUUCUGUGGAGCCCUGAGUGCUUAUGACAUGGUGCUGGUAGAAGAUGAUGAAGUGAACCGCAUGCACGAGAGUCUCCAUCUCUUCAACAGUAUCUGCAACCACAGGUUCUUCGCCACAACUUCCAUUGUGCUUUUCCUCAACAAGAAAGAUCUCUUCUCGGAGAAGAUCAAGAAAGUCCACCUGAGCAUCUGUUUCCCUGACUAUGAUGGUCCAAACACAUAUGAAGAUGCCAGCAACUAUAUCAAGAAUCAAUUUCAGGAACUGAACAUGAAGAAGGGAGUGAAGGAGAUCUACGCUCACCUGACCUGUGCCACAGACACAAAGAACGUUGAGAUUGUGUUUAACGCUGUGACAGACAUUAUCAUCAAAGAAAACCUCAAGGACUGCGGUCUGUUCUGAACAUCGACUUUUUCAAAGAUCUUUCUACUCCAUCCCCACCUGAAUGAUUGGAUUUAAUCUGAUGAAGUUGCCACGGUAACAAAAGAACAUCCACAGGUGGCAUGAAGGUGAACUCUACAGCAAGCAGUCAAGUGUGGUCAACGGAUCCCCGGCAAAGAACAACCUCAACAUCCCAACCAAACCUCAGACACUAGAUCCAGAUUAGACUAAUGGCCUCUGCUCUCCAAAGGGACUCUAAAAACAUUUCAAACAGUUCAAACUGCUUAUAGAGUCAAUAAGAGAAGGCUUACCAAAGAAAGGGGACUUUUGAUGCUAUGAGUUAAUGACGCUUGUAGAGAAGCCUCCUCUCACUGUUUUAAUGUUAUAGAGGUUUGACUGUUAGAUGUUUUGUUUUUUUCCAUUCAUUUCCAGAAAAAGAAAAGUAAAUUUAAUGCAAUUGAAUUUUGCUGUAAUAAAGACAUUAUAGUGGGACAUCAGAUUCCCAUGAUAACAAUUAGAAACACGUACAAUGCUGCGCAGUGUCUGGUCUCCUUUGAGAAAGGAAAAACCUGCAUACCAUCAAGACCUGAUUGUUUAAAUUUAACCAGCUAACGCAAUAUGUGAAAGAUGUUCCUUUUUCAGCCCCAAACAUAGUAGGGCAUUAUGUUAUGUAAAUAAGAGUAGGCAAACAAAAAUUCUGUUUCAAGAAGAUUCUAUAUAAAAUAUAUAUGGAGACAUAAAUAUAUAUAUUUAUGAUACAGUAUUACAGUAACAUGUGAAAAUUCUAGAAUGGCCUGUUGCUUUAUUUUAAACCUGAGGUCUGCAUUUGUGGAGAUGUUCUGGAAUGUAAAUGUAGGCACAUGAAAUAAAGACUUGCAUCAAUUCCA